AUGUCUUUCUUCAAAGUCCUACUUAGUCUAGCUUGCGUGGCUCUGCUUCACUCUGAAGCACUCGCCAUGGUGGCUAGUCGUAUGGAUCUCCAAACCCGCGAUGACAUGCCUACCUUUGCGCUCAUCAGUAUGACCUGCACGUCUUCUCUUGCUGGCUACUGGGCCCCGCGCGAUGGAGCCUACGGCGCCAUCGCCUACUUGGAGACCAAAGCAGGAACUCCCGAUAUCCCUGCCAGUACCGCACCGAUCCAGUGUGUCGAUGUCGCUUGCCACCAGACUGCUGGUUUCGUUCAGGGCGCUGCUAUUGUCUUUUGCAACGAUCCGACCGACAAGAACCUGCCCUCUUACAAGUGGAUCGCCGAUGGCGCUCGUCGUAUUGUGGAAAGUGAGGAGUGCAAGAAAGACUUGGUCAAGAAUGGUAUCAACGAUACUUGGGUUGCUGGUGAGACGAUGUAUGAGAACGGCUGGCAUGUUGCUGUUCGCGCGUCUUACUGCGUUGGAAGCCCGACGGAAAAGAUCCUGCCAUCGUACAAGUGGGUCGCGGAUGGGGCUUGUCGAAUCGUAGACGUCUCGCUGUGCAAGAUCGAUAUCAAGGGCAAGAACGAUACUAUGGUUAUGGGGAAGGCGGUGUAUGAGGAUGGCUGA